AUGCCAGUGCGCAGCUAUGCCGACUGGAGGAAGAUUGCAGAUCUCGCGAAGGACGUCUUGUCGCUCUUGGAGGAGGAAUGGCCAGAGGUAAUCGCCUGGUUGGUGGUGGGCUCCGGCCCUGCCUGGGUGCUGUACGUUGUUGUCGUGCGAAGGCCUCGGAGCAGUGCAGCGGCGGCGGUCGCUUGGGCGACGUGGCUAGCUGUGCAGGUUUCAACCCAGGGCUUUGGUGCCCUGGAUGUGACAAGGAAGCGCGCGCUUGUGGCACUGCAGGCUACGCAUGAGGUUGCGCAGAAGUCUGUUGUGAUGGUCGAGGCAUGGAUCAUCGUCUUUCUUCCAUUCGUUGCGGAUCUGUGGAGGCACUCUCGCAGUGCCUGGAAUGCCCUCAGCUUGCCAGCUCGGCUUGUACUGGUCGGCGUGCCGGUGGGUCUGUACCUGACAGCCCUGGUUGUCCGGAGGAUUAUCAGAGCUUGCCGUCGAAGAAAGGAAGGUCUGCGCAAAGCAAUCAAGUCUGUUUUGUUCCACGGCUCCUUUGUCAUGGCAUGCCCUUUGCUUUGGUUCUCCACAGGACGUGUCUCUAUCUGGUGGUUGAACGUCUUGCUGACGCAUGUGCUCACAACAGUGCCGACCGUGGGCUCACUUGUUGCCCUCGGCUGGCAGCCACUCUUCGACGCAGGGGCUGGCACGGCCUCAGCGACAGCAAUCGAGGAUGUUCAAGGGCAUCCUGCGCUGCCCUGGAGAGCUCCUGGUGCACCUGGCAAUGCCAACAGCAUGGGGACCUUGGAGGUCGCCUCGACUGCAGUGAGGCCGCGAAGACGAAGCCAUAGGAGGGCUGCCGUCGACACGCCUGCUGCUAGACCAGCCUCGCCGAGUUCGCUUCGGCUAUGGCUUUCUUAUUGGGCUUCCUGGCCACUCCUUCAGCUCCUUGAGCAAGGAUUGCCUGCCCUGCUCGAACUGCAAGUUCUCGGUGUCAAGCAGGUGGCUGAAGUGCAAUCGCAGUUGAGGAGAGCUCUCAUAGUGUAUGUGCUUUGGCUUCUGGUGUGGAAGGGGAGUCGUGUUCAGCUCGCUGUCCUGCGAUUCACACUUGGACGCUGCCGGGUGCUAGAGAUCCUUCCGGGCCUCCUGGGAGUUCACGGACUUCAGAUUCUAAACAUGCUGCGAGGUGGAACCGAGGGCGUGCCAGUGCCGUCCACAGCUAACAUGUUCCUGGCGUUUCAAAGCAUCUUCAGGCGUGGCUGGCGUAUAUUGGCAGCCGGCGCAGCUGCGUGUGCGCUGCUGGUGGCAUCAGUAGUUCUGUUCUACCGGCUUGUCAGCGUUACCAACAGAGCUCUCACAGCGCUAAUCUGGGUCUUUGCAGCAAUGGAUACCGCAGACACCUUGGCUGCUGAUGCCGGCGAGAUUCUGCUGGCGAGGAAGCUUGCAUUCUGGGCUGUGGCGAUGCUGUGGUCUGCGCUGGUGCAGCUCCCCUUCGUUGGAGUUGGGCUCAGGUUGUUCACUCCCGUCGUGUUUGCCUUGCUCAUGGUGGCCAGUGAGACCAUCUUGCGACGAGUAGUGCAGCCUCUGCUGGAGCUUCUGACGGCACGUUUGGGUCGGCUCCCGUCACUUGUGCGGCGGAGGAUGUCAGGGAUGACAACUGCGCUGUGGAACAUGCCGAUGUGGUUACUCAAGUGCCUGACUUCCAAAGCCUCCAGGCUGGAUGCUGGUGACAUACAGCAGCAGCAGCAACAGCAGCAACAGCUGCCUGACAUCCAGCUUGUUCCUGGCCAAGGCGAGAGCGGUGUGACAACGAUCGUAGAGCCGUCCAACUCCAGAAGGACGAGCGUAGCAAGCUGCUCCUCCCAGGCCCCAAGCGCUAGCACAGUGCCUGAAGCGAGAAAACGAGGAAGCAACCACUUCGGUGAACCGGAAAUCGUAGCGAUGGGCCCGCCGCUUUGGGUGAGCGCGGACGCCGGAAAGGUCUUUCAGACACUUGGCCAGUGCCGUGCGGAAGCUAGCAGGCGUGAGCUGGUUGCCAAAGCCGGUGAGACUGAAGAUGCUGAUGAGGCAUGGAAGCAAGCCUCAAUCACAUUGUGGUCGGUGGCACUCUGUGACUAUAACACAACAAUCGAACCAAAAGAGGGUACAGUCCUGCCGGUCAUGACGUUGUCGCUUGAGUCGCGAUUGCAGAAAACCGCCGGCAGUGCAAGCAGUGAUUGGGGAAGUGGCGGAGAGGAGGGUGCCAAGGCAGCUUUGGAGAAAGCACGCGAGUCCAAAGACUCGUCCAAAGAAGCUCAAGCGCUUCUGAACCUCGCGGCCUUGCAGGCUAAGACUUGGGCUGCCUCCGGAGCAAAGUCUGCUUUGCGUCCAAUUGGUGACUUCUUAGAAGCUUCCCUUGCGCUCUUCGAGAAAGAGAAGGACCACAGUGGCGAAGCUGUCGCCUGCAACAUGCUCGCGAACUUCUACAUCCUGCUGGGUCAAGCCAAAGAUGCUGUGAGGAUGGUUAAGCAGGGGCUCACUGCCACUCGGGCUUUGAAUAGCCGAUUGCAUGAAGUUCCCCUCCUCCAGACCCUGAUGGCGGCGAGCUUCUUGCGAAACGACGCGGACGAAUCGCUUCGCGCCAGCUGCGAGAUCGCCACAAUCUGCAGAGCUUCGAAAGCUUCGGCCGUGGCAUGUGCGCUCGCGGAUGCUUGCACAGCGCAGGCACAUCUUGCCAAUGACGAACAAGGGCAAGCCCAACGACUGGCUGAGGCUGCGCUCAAGGCAUGCAGGGAUGCCAAAGACGUCGAUGGCGAGAUUCUUGUUCUAGGCGCCUUGCAGGAGAUCGCCUUUGCUAUUGGCAAGCCUGUAUCCGCGCUGAAAACUGCACAAGACUUGCUUGAGAAGGAGCGUAAACGUGGGAUCAAGGAGGCAAUUGCCAGAGCACAUCUCCUGGUCUCCGUAUCAGAUGCAACUGCAGCGUCAUCUAGCGAUCUGGCCAAGCAGGCCAAAGACCAGUACGCAUCGCUGAAGGGCUCUUCAGUGGGUGAGAGCCUGGCGCUGGUGUCUUUGGCCAGGGCCCUUUUCGCUCUCGGAAAGACCAAAGAAGCUGAAAGCGCUGCCAAGGAGGCAAUGGCAUCCUUUGCUUCGGAAGUCGGGCAAGGUUUCGCCAGCUGCCUUUUGGCACUCGCACAGCUCCGCCUGGAGGAUGCUGUGGCAGCGGAGCGCCUGGCGCGAGAAGCCUUGGGACUUUUCCAGGAUGGACACCACCGGGUCGGCCAGGCAUUGGCAGAGCUGCUUGUCAGGAGCCCCGAUUUCAGAUCGGUACAGUUCUCUUCUCCCAGACGUCUCUGA